GGAACCCAAGAAGCCAUGGCAGAGUCCCGGGGUCGCAGGCGCCUGGCCCUGUGCGCGGCCGCCGCGCUCGCGUCCUUCCUGGCCGGCUUCACCGCGGGCUGGUUUACUAGACCUGCCAAAGAAACAACCAUCUCAGCACGCUCUCUUCAAAGUACACAGUGGAAACUGCUAUCAGAAAUGAAAGCUGAAAACAUUAAAUCAUUUCUUCGUUCUUUCACACAACUUCCUCAUCUGGCAGGAACAGAACAAAAUUUACUGCUUGCCAAGAAAAUCCAAACUCAGUGGAAGAACUUUGGACUAGAUUCAGCUGACUUGGUUCACUAUGAUGUCCUCCUAUCUUACCCUAAUGAGACAAAUGCUAACUAUAUAUCAGUUGUGGAUGAGCAUGGAACUGAGACUUUCAAAACAUCAUUCCAUGAACCACCUCCAAAAGGAUAUGAGAAUGUUGCAAAUAUCGUGCCACCAUACAAUGCUUUCUCAGCCCAAGGCACACCACAGGGAGAUCUUGUGUAUGUGAAUUACGCUCGUACUGAAGACUUUUUCAAACUGGAACGGGAGAUGAACAUCAACUGCACUGGAAAGAUUGUCAUCGCCAGAUAUGGGAAGGUCUUCAGAGGAAAUAAGGUUAAAAAUGCCAUGGUAGCAGGAGCCAUAGGAAUCAUCUUGUACUCAGAUCCAGCUGACUACUCUGCUCCUGGGGUACAGCCAUAUCCCAAAGGAUGGAACCUUCCUGGAACUGUGGCCCAGAGAGGAAAUGUGUUAAGUUUGAAUGGUGCAGGUGACCCCCUCACUCCAGGCUAUCCAGCUAAAGAGUACACCUUUAGACUUAAUGUUGAAGAAGGAGUUGGAAUGCCCAAGAUACCUGUGCAUCCUAUUGGAUAUAAUGAGGCAGAGAUAUUGUUACGGAACUUGGGAGGAUCUGCUCCACCAGACGAGAGCUGGAAGGGAAGUCUCAGUGUUGGCUAUAAUACUGGGCCUGGCUUUGCAGGCCGUGAUUCCUUCAAGAAAGUUAGAAUGCAUGUUCACAACACCAACAAAAUUACAAGGAUUUACAAUGUGAUUGGAACUAUCAGAGGAUCUGUGGAACCUGACAGGUAUAUUAUUUUGGGAGGUCACCGGGACUCCUGGGUGUUUGGAGGUAUUGAUCCAACCACUGGGACUGCAGUUUUGCAAGAAAUUGCCCGAAGUUUUGGAAAACUGCUGAAAGGAGGCUGGAGGCCCAGGAGAACCAUCAUUUUUGCCAGCUGGGAUGCAGAAGAAUUUGGACUGCUGGGUUCUACAGAAUGGGCUGAGGAGAAUGUGAAAAUACUCCAGGAGAGAAGUGUGGCUUAUAUCAACUCAGAUUCAUCUAUAGAAGGCAAUUACACUCUUCGAGUUGACUGUACACCCCUUCUUUACCAACUGGUAUAUAAACUGACAAAAGAGAUCGCCAGCCCUGAUGAAGGUUUUGAGAGUAAGUCACUUUAUGAAAGCUGGCUGGAAAAAGACCCUUCACCUGAAAAUAAAGAUUUUCCUAGAAUCAAUAAGCUUGGAUCUGGAAGUGACUUUGAAGCUUAUUUUCAGAGACUUGGAAUUGCUUCAGGAAGAGCACGUUACACUAAGAAUAUGAAAACAGAUAAAUACAGCAGCUACCCCAUGUACCACACGGUUUAUGAGACGUUUGAAUUGGUAGAAAAUUUUUAUGACCCCACAUUUAAAAAACAGCUUUCUGUGGCCCAAAUACGGGGAGCACUGGUAUAUGAGCUUGCAGACUCUACAAUCAUUCCUUUCAAUAUUCAAGACUAUGCAAAAGCUUUGAAAAACUAUGCAACAAGUAUCUUCAAUUUAUCCAGGAAACAUGACCAACAAUUGAGAAACAAUGGAGUAUCAUUUGAUGCUUUAUUUUCUGCUGUGAAAAACUUCUCAGCGGAAGCUUCAGAUUUCCAUAGAAGACUUACACAAGUUGAUCUCAAUAAUCCCAUUGCAGUGCGAAUUGUGAAUGAUCAAUUGAUGCUCCUGGAAAGAGCAUUCAUAGAUCCCCUUGGUUUACCAGGAAGGCAGUUCUAUAGGCACAUCAUCUUUGCUCCAAGUAGCCACAACAAAUAUGCUGGAGAAUCAUUUCCUGGGAUUUAUGAUGCUCUGUUUGACAUUGAGAAUAGAGGUGACCCUCGUUUGGCCUGGGCAGAAGUAAAGAAACAUAUUUCUGUUGCAACUUUUACAAUCCAAGCUGCAGCAGGGACACUGAAGGAAGUGUUAUAGGAAGGUCUCAGUCAAGCGGUUUAACUAUUAAAGUUGUUGCUGAAAGUCUUUUUGAUGACUCAUGAAAGCAGGGUGUGCUAGAAUCUUGAUUUUUCUGCUUUUAGACUUCUACCUUGUUCAUCUGUAAAGAAGUUUAUUUUUUUAGCUCAGAGAGUGAAAAUGGAAACAACCCAAAUGUCUGUCCAUUGCUUGAUGGACAAAUGACAGUAUAUGCACUAAAGAGUAUUACUCAGCAAUAAAAAUGAAAGAACUCUCAAUCCAUGCAAUAUUGCUGCCACAUGCUGUUAAGACAUGACAGAGUAAAUAAGGCAAAACUAAUGUUGGAAAUCAGCAAUUAGGCAAGUGAGGCAGAAGGGACUAAAAAGACACAGGAGCAAGUUUUCAGGGAUAAAUGGAGCUUUCUGUACCUUGAGCUGAGUAUUAGUUACACAGGUAACCAAACCUCACUGAACUGUAAACUUAAGAUCUGUACUUUUACUGUAGGAAAAUUAUGCUCUAAUAAGUUAUAUUGAACAUCUUCUCUUGUAAAAUCUAUGUGGAAUGCAAUGGUCAGGAAAAAAAAUCAAUGGUAUCUAACUUUUGAUAACUUCAUCUCUACUGAAGAAACAUACAAGUCUGAUAGGUGAGGAAACAGCUGCCAAAAAUCUCCCUUCUUAACUCCUAUACUGCAGUGUGUCAGCAUCUGCAAGCUGGUAAUGUGGAGCCUGGGGAUUUACAAAUGAACAUGACUAACACUUCACAGAGAGGCUGGGGUGCAGCUCAGUGGCAGAGCACUUGCCCAGCAUGCACAAAGCCCUGGGUUCAAUCCCAGUAACACACACACACAGUCAGUCAGUCAGCUUGGUCUUUCAACUAUAUUUACCAGGGAGUUAAGAAUCAAAAAUUAGUGACUCAAGUGGUAGAAUGCCUGCUGUGCAAGCUCAAAGCCCUGAGUUCAAACCCUGGUACCACAAAAAAAAAAAAUCAAAAAUUAGAAGAGCCUUUCUAGGCAGGUACACUGACUAAAAUAAGAAAUUAACAUCUCAGAGACUGACUGCAAGGAGAAACUACCCUUUUGCCCUGGCCAGCAAUACA